AUGGGUGACACUAAGCUCUACCUCGUGCUGCUCCUCAGCGCCGUCGCCUUGGCACUGGCCCAGAGGUACAAGCCCUUCCACAAGUAUGAAUACCUGUAUGAAGCCGAGUCCCUGAACUUCCUCAAUGGAGCCGUCAAUGGCCCCAAGGGCAGCUGCAAGGUGGAGAUCGAGGUUCCUGGCCCCUGCCAGUACAUCGUCCGUACCACUGAGUGCACGCUCAGCGAAGUUGCGGACUUUGAUGCUGAGGGCAACCCAACCUUCGUCCCAGCUGCCACUGCUGAUGCAUUCAAGGCAGCCAUGGAGAAGAAUGCCCUGAAGGUCACUGUUGAAGGGGACAACAUCAUCAAGCUCUUCCCUGAAGACGAUGAGCCCGUCAACAUCCUGAACAUCAAGAGGGGAAUGAUCUCCGGCUUCGCUGUGCCUGUCCUGGAGGAGGAGAGGAACAACAGAAUGCCCACCAUCUUCGGAUUGUGCAAGACUGACUACACUGUGAAUGCCAGAGAGGACAUCGCCACUGACGUCACCCUCACGCGUGACCUGACCAGGUGCGAUCACUUCAGCCCAGUCAGCGACUACACCAGCCCCCUGGCCCUCAUCACUGGAUUGAACUACCCUGUGGCUAAGAUGAUCAAGAGCACCCAGACUUGCAACUACCAGUUUGACAAUGCUGAGCACCACCCAACCGGAGGUGAAUGUAUUGAGAACCACAUCCUGAUGCCUUUCUCUCACAAGGGCAAGUAUGGAGUUACCAAUGUCAGCAAGCAGAAGGCCCAACUUCUGGCUGUCUCUGAGUACAACGAUAGAGUCUUUGAACCAAAAAUGGAGAAUGAGCAGACCUUGACCCCACAUGCCAGCAUUGACAAGAGCCCCAUUCAGGACAAAGACACCACUCUUGCCCUUCUGAGGGAACUGGCUGGUCUGUCCAAGACUGAUGAUGGUCACAAGAGAGCCUUCCUGGCCCACAGAAUCGUCAGCAUGAUCCGCAAAUUCUCUGCAGAGACCCUCCACGCUGGCGUGCCUGAGGCUCUGGAAAUUUCCCGCUCUCUGACCUACCAGGCUCUGUUCCAGUGCGGCACCCCAGAAUGCAACAGCGCCAUCAUGCAGAUCCUCAGGACCUUCGACAAGGAUUCUAUGGAGAUUGAUGCCACCAUCUAUGCCAUGGGUCUGAUGCCAAACCCUACUCGCCAGCUUGUCAGUGACAUGCUGGAGAUGGCCAAGUUCAAGCAGAGCAAGCCCAUCUUCUACGGUGCUAGCAAUGCCAUCAAGAAGCUGUACGCAGCUGAGGGCAAAGUGACUCCUGAGCUCGAAGCUGUUGCUGAAUUUGCCUUGGAGCAGAUUGGAGACUGUACUGGUGACCAGGAAUACGUUUACAUGUCCCUGAAGGUGAUUGGCAACAUGGCUGCUGCUAUGGCAGCUACCAGCCCUGCCCUGAAAACUGCUGUGAUCCAGUGCUUUAACCAGCCUGGUGCUAGUCCAGAGGUUCAGCUCGCUGCCAUCCAGGCCUACAGACAGGCCACUCUGCCUGAGGAGGGAAGAGAAGUGCUUAUGCAGGUCCUUUUGGACGGUGCUGCCCCACUGCAGAAGAGAGCUGCUGCCUACCUGAUCCUCAUGAAGGACCCCCAGCCCUCUGAACUGGCUCAGCUGGCUGCUGCUCUGCCAAUUGAAGAGAACCAGCAGGCCAAGAGCUUUGUCAUCUCUCACGUGACCAACAUCCUGAGCUCCACUGCACCCGAGACCCAGGAGCUGAGGCAGAAGAUCCUUGAUGCCCUGCAGGGCAAUGAGGUUGGAACUGUCAUGGACCCAACCAAGUUCUCCCGCAACUACAAGAUUGGAUCCAUUGAAGGAAACAUGCUUUUCGAUGGCUCUAGCUAUCUGCCCAAGGAGGUUGUGCUGGAUAUUGCCCUGAAUGCUUUUGGCUUUGAUGUGGACAUGAUUGAGAUUGGUGUGGAUGGCAAGGGUCUUGAACCAACUGUUGAAGCCCUGUUCGGUGCUAAUGGUUUCUUCCCCGACACUGUGAUGAAGACCAUUGCAUACACCGCUGACACACUGCCAACCCAGUGGAGUCAGACUCUGAAGAACAUGAUCCCCGCCCUGGGCAAUGACAGGAGAAAGAGAGAGUCUUCCCAGAACCUGCUCAGAGAGCUUGCUCGUAAUGUCAACAAACUGUUCAGAGACCUGAAGGGUCUUGAUGCCCCUGACGCCAUGGUUUACCUGAGACUGCUGGGAAUGGAACUUGGCUACCUGAAGACCAAGGAUAUUGAAAACAUGGCCUACUCUGCUCUUGUUAUGGUUGACAACAUGUUGAAGAUGUUCCCUACUGAUUUCCUCAAGGGACUUCUGACCAGCACUGACAAUGAGCUGUUUGCCCACUACGUCUUCAUGGACAAUGAAUUCUACCUGCCAACUGGUGCUGGUGUCCCUCUGAGGGCUGCCUUCAAUGGUGUCAUUGCCCCUGGAAUCAAGGGAGGAGUGCAUCUUGCUGCUGACAUGAGUGAGGUGGCUUUCGAGCCAUCUGCUGCCAUUGAGGUUGUGACUGAGGUUGGAGCUCACUUCCCCGACUUUGUUCAGUCUGGUCUGGAAAUGCGCACCAAUCUUUACCACGACAGUGGUCUGAAGGCCAAGGUGGCUAUUGCCCCCAACAACAUCCAGCUGACCAUCCCUGCCCCUACCCACCCAGCAAGACUCAUCAGCUUCUCCAACCGCCUGCUGUCUCUGCAUGGUGCUGAGGUCAAGUCCAUCCCAGCCACAGGAGAGAGAGUCGAUGUGGCUGAGUGCACUCCAUUCUUUGCUGGUGUGAAGUACUGCACAGCUCUUCAGUAUUCUGAGGCUCUGUACACUGAUGCAUCUCCCUAUUUCCCCUUCACUGGAGACAGCAAGCUGGCUAUUGAGCUGCACCCCACUGGUGAAGUCUCCGAAUAUGUUGCCAACCUUGCCCACUCCUAUGAGGACAAGGUUGACACACUGACUCUGACCCUGAAGGCUGCAGGUAACUCUGAGGCCACAGCAGUUGCUAAGUUCAACAGGCAGAAGUACACCAUUGAAGCUGAUCUCCAGAUCCCCGACUAUGACCUGGAGGUUGGCCUGAGGGUUGGCUCUGUCAACCCCGAAACCAAGGGACAGGCCACACACUCUGUCCAGGUUGACCUGUGGAACAAGCAUGUUCCUCAGGCAUCUCUCGUUGCACUGGCCAAAAUUGCAGGAAUGAAGGAUGCUACUGUGGAUCUUCGUCUCCUGGUGCCUGUUCUGCAUGCUGAUGCUAAGAUUGCUGCACAUCUUCACCGUGGUGAUGAGCUGUCUGUGGAGCUUAUGACCGAUGUUAAGUUGCCAGAGACUUCCUCUGUCCAGAAGAUCACUCUGAAAUACGAUAAUGACAAACUGGAGGCUGAGAUUAAGUCUGAUGUGGACUCUGCGAUCCAGAACAUCAUCCCCAACUUCGAUGGUCUUAAGGCUAAGGUCGAGGAGGCCCUUGACUCUCCGAUUGGUGAGACUGGCAUGAACUUCCGUGAUGUCCUUGCUAAGUCAGUCGAGACUACCAAUGCCUACCUGGAAAAGCUGGAGGCUGAACUUCCCUACGUGCAGAAUGUGAGGCUUCCUUCUCUCCCUGAGCUGUCUCUGCCUGAGAAAAUCUACCUGAAUGCUGAGGCUGAUGCCAAGUACCACUUUGGCAAGCACUACUACACCUUGACCCUUCCUCUGCCCCUUGGUGGAAAAUCCUCUGGAGACCUGAACUUCCCUGAUGUUCUCUCCACCCCUCACCUGGCCGUGCCCCAACUUGGCCUGGAGGUGGCCUCCAUCGACAUCCCUGUUCCUGAGGUCUUCGUUCCAGAGCAUGUGUCUGUGUCUGUGCCUGUCCUUGGAAGGGCUGAAGUGUCUGCCAAGAUCCACAGCAACAUUUACAACCUGGAAGCUGGUGUUUCUGCAGGAAGAGAUGAAGUUGACCACCCUAGCUACUCUGCUAAAGUAGAUGUCACUGGAAGCUGCCCUGUGGAUCUCCUCUGUUUCAAGGCUGAAGCUGUGGCGCAGGUUGCUGGAACCCCUGGCUCCCUGAAGGCUGAGGUGACAACUCAUGUGAACAACAAGCUUAUUGAUGUCACUGCCAGCAUUGUGGAGGAAGCUACCAUUGAUGACAAGUUCCACUUGAAGUCCAACAGCAAGAUCGAUGCAAACAGCCCUCUUGGCGCACAGGUAGCUGUGGCGUACACCACUGAUGCUGGUCUCAACGCAGAGGGAAUCUCUGGAAAUCACAAUCUGAAUGCAGCCAUCAAGGCUGGUCCGAUCUAUGCCAAUGCUGAGGUGUCCCAGACGCUGGAGCUUUUCCCACUCAGGCCAGAGGCAAAGAUCGACCAUUCUAUCAAGAUUGAUUCCACCCUGAUCAAGGCCCAGAACACAUUUGCCGCAACCUUCGCUAACGGUGAGCUGACUGCCACCGCCGACACCACAGCUCUUGAUGACGCACUGACCAACCAUGCCGAAGUCACCCUCAAGGAAUCCGUCCUGACUGUGAAGUCCGACACCAAGGCUGAUGCUCUUGGCCUGAAGGUUCAGCAUGUGGCCGAAGGUUCCGCUGGAGCAGGAGCAGUUAACAUCAAGAUGGAGACCAGUGCUGAUCAUGAAGAAGACAAAAUCCAUUCUCUUGUGACUGCCACCCUGGAUGUCAAUGGACUGGCUGUGAACAGUGAUGCUGAUGUCAAGCUUGGUGAGAACACUGCAACCCACAAAGCUACUCUGACACUGAACAAGGAGGGUCUGGCCACCAAUGGAGCCACAUCUCUGCAGAGCCCACUGAAGUUGGAAAACACAUUCAGCGCUUCCCUGGAUGCAUCCAAGGUCGCUGUUAAUGUUGACCUCAAGGGAGAAAUCUCUGAGAUGAAAACAGCCCAUUCUGUGUCUCUGAGUGGAACACCCGCUUCCAUUGCUGCCAACAUCAAUGGUGAAUUGUUCAUCAUGGAGGGAACUGCCUACACUCAUUCCGCUGCCUUGGAUGUGCACGACUUUACUGCAUCUUUGACGAUCAACAACGACCUGAAGGUCCUGCAUGCUCACGAGCUGAAACACACCUAUGAAGUGAAGUAUGCUGACCUUGUUGCCAAUGCCAAGUGCAGCACAACUGGUAAGCUUCUGGGAACUCACCUCAGCCAGAACACUGAAGUUGAGAUUGCUGGCCUUACUGUGAGAGCAAACAAUGAUGCCCGCUUCAACUCCCAGAUUCUCCGCUUCGACACCACCACCCGUGCUACAGCUGUUCCCUUCAGCUUCAACCUUGACUCCAUCGCCAAUGCAGAUGCUGACCUCAGCCUAUCUGGAAAGCACACUGCUCAGAUUUACAGCAAACUCCUGGUGAAGGCAGAGCCACUUGCAUUCGCACACGCUCAUGAGUGCAGAGUUUCAACCUCUCAGGCCCUUGACAGUGGUCUGGCCGUUGACACUGGAGUUGAAGCCAAGAUUGAAUCUAUGCUGACUCCCUCUGACCAGAAGGCCCAUGCUGUUGUGAAGGCCAAGGUCAACAACAAUGCCAUCAACCAGGAGGUCAGUAUCUACAACAACCCUGCGGGUCUUGGAGUGGAAGUUGCCGGAACCGCCCUGACCAGUCUGCUUGAAGAGAAUCAAGAGUUUGCCAUUUCUGGUUUCCUGAAGUACGACAAGAGCACAUCCAGCCAUGUCAUUCACCUGCCAUUCAUUGAGGCUCUACCUGCUCUUCUUGAAAAUGUAAAGAUCACCAUUGUGAGUAUUGCAGAGUCCCUGCAGGCUUUCAUCGCCAAGGAGGACCUUGUUAACAAAUUGCAGGGCAUUCCCCAGCACAUCAGCGACUUUGUUAAGGCACUGGAAUUGGAAGCAAAAGUAGCCAAGCUCAAGGAUGACCUGCUGUCUCUGACCCGUGACUAUACCAUCAGCCUGGAAGACCUGGAGGCCACUCUGGUCACCCUGAGGGCUGCCGCUGAGAAGCUCAUUGCUGAUCUUGCUGCACGAGUGAAUGAAUAUGUCCAACUGGUCAAGGAGCUUAUUGCCAACGGAACUCUGUCUCAGGCUGUUGUGCAGAGGCUUAGUGAUCAACUCCAUGCUCUGAGUGAAGAAUUUGACAUCAAUGCCUUGCUUGUUAACAUCAUUGAGGUAGUCGAAGAGCUGAUCAAACAGCUUGAUCUCUCAAAACUGCAGGACAGCAGUUUGGCUCUCUUGCAUGAGCUGGAUGCUCAGUAUGGCAUCAAGGCCUUCCUUGAAGGCAAAGUGGCUCAGCUGAAGGACAUCAUUGCAAACUUCAGCCUGGCUCAGUUUGUUGAGGAUCUGAAGGCCCUGCUUGUCUCCAUUGACAUUGAAGGAUUCGUCAACACACUGGUGGAAAAAAUUCCAACGGCACAGAUUCAGCACCUUUUGGAUGCAGUAAAAUCUUUGAUCACUGACUUGGAUGUUGUUGGCAAGAUCAAUGCAGUGUAUGGCAAUGUAAAGGCUGUUCUUGUUAAAUAUGAACUUGACAAGAGAGUUGAGGCAAUCCUGGAAAAGGUUGUUGAGCUUGUCCAGAAAUUCAAAAUUGAUGAGACUAUCCAGGUUGUUGCUGACACUCUGAAGAGCAUCCACAUCCCUGUCACAGAGACCCUGGAAGCUGCUAUCGACUUCCUGAAGGCUGCUGACAUUAACCAUGCUAUUGAGCAGUUGAAUGCAUACAUUGAUGCCCUUGUACAUGCUGUGAAAACAUUCGACUACAAUGCCUUUGUAGACCAGGCCAAUGAGAAGAUUGCUGCUUACACUGCUUGGCUGAACACAGUCAUUGCUUCUCUUGAAAUUCCACAGAAGGUUGAAGCAGCCAGAGAAUUCGUCAACUUUGCCCUGUCCACUCUGAGCGGUCUCCUGGAGGAGCUCAGGGCAGUCAAGGUAGCUGAUGCACUGAAGAAUCUGAAGGACAUCAUCGACACUGUGGCCCUGAAUGACAUUAAGGCACUGCUGGAAAAACUCCCUGAAUUUGACCUCAAAGGUGAGCUUGCCCAUUACCUGGAAGCAAUUAGCAACCUGUACAACCAUGUUGUGGACACCAUCCUCGUAACUCUCGCAGGACUUGUUGAUGCAGUCCAGAAGGUUCUUGCUGAUCAGGCAAUUUUUGCUCAACUCAAGCAGCUCGUUGAAGGACUUGCAGCUGGCCUUAAAGCAGCUGAGUUGGAUGUCCCAGCCAUCGCUGUCCCUCUUACUGACCUGACCCUGCCUGCCUUCAAGGUUAGCCUGGGCAACCUUCAGGAUAGCCUCCCAACCCAGAUUGACCUCCCAGAGUUCAGCAUUGCAGGUGUUUAUACUGUCCCAGCCAUGACCGUUACUUAUGAUGACCUCAAGGCAAAGGUUCAGCAGCUGAUUGAGCUGAUUCUUAACUUUGAAAUCACCGCUCUGGAUGUCGAUGCCUUCUUUGGAGAGCUCGCCGUGAACUACCUGCCUGACCUUUCUGCCGUGGCACUGCCCGAAAUUGUCCUUCCAGAGAUCUCUCUGCCUGCAAUCCCUAAGGUUAAUGCUGAGCAUCUUUUUGACAUGCCUCUGGUAAUUCCUGAGAUCAAGCUUCCUCAUCUUCCCACUGAGCUGAUUGUGCCAGCUUUUGGAAAACUCUAUGGAGAAAUCAAGCUGAACACUCCCAUCUACAACUUCAGAUCUGCAGCUGAAUUCCAAAGCCCUGAAGUGACUCAGUACACAGCAUCUCUUACUGCCCAGGGAGCAUCCACUGUCCUUGUGGGAUUGGACUGCAGCUUGGACUCCACCGCUAGUGUGACGUUCCCAGAGAUGACUCACGUUGUUGUUGCAGAAACCCUGAAGCUCACAUCUUCCAUCCUUGAGGUGGACCAUGAGGCAACAGUGAACCUCCAGCCCCUCCCAACAGAAAUCACUGCUAAGACCACCCUGAAGGCAAACGCAGGUCUUCUCACAGCUGAGGUUGUACACAGUGCACAGGCAGCUGCUGGUCUGGCUGACCAUGCUCUGACUUUCACCCUUGGACAAGAAGGAACUGCCAAGAUUGGUCUCCCAGACUACACUGAUGAGGGUACCAUCAAGAGUGAUUUGACAUACACCAUGGAUAUCAACACAGCCAAGCUGACAUACACUGGUGACAUCAACACUAAUGCUCUUAAGCAGAAGCAGGUCUUGAAUGCUGAUGCUGUUGUCCUCAGUUACAUCAAAUUUGAUGCCCGCAUCGAGUCUGAGUCCCCACUCAUCAAGAGCAGUCUGGUGACUGCAUCUGGAAACGCUAACUUCGCAGACUUGAAGGUUGAAAUCAAGGCCAACCACGACACCGAGCUCGAUGGAGCUCUCAGUGGAACCCUGUCCAACUCCAUCCAUGCUAUGGUUAAACCCAUUGAGAUUGUGCUGGACUUCAACAACAAGGGUAGUGCCAAGGCUGAAGUGGCUGACCUUGCCGCCAAUCUUGAUGUCCAGAAUGACUACUCCGUCACCCUGGCCCUUGAUCAUCAGCACAUCAACACCAUGGCUCACGUUGAACUGAACCAGCAAAAGCUCGGCUACAACCUCACUGUUGACCACAACCAGGCAGAACUUGGCAUCUAUGCUGCUGUUGAUGGUGAUGUUCACCUCGACUUCCUGACCGUGCCCCUUCGCAUCCCCUCCUUCACUGUGCCAUUUACUGGCCUCAGGACCCCAGGCCUCAGUAACAUUAUCCCAUUUGAGCACUCUGGUCUGAGCCACCUGCUGACCUCCACUCACCAGACACUUGAUGUGGAUACCAAGCUUGUGUACAAGAAGAGCAGGUUUGCUCCCAUUCUGGAUCUGGGCCUGAUUAAACUUCCAGCCAUUGGCAAACUGGUCUCUGAGGUCUCUAUCAAGUCCGUCAUUGUCAACCUGAAUGUCAAUGCUGAAAUCUCUGCUGAGGAUGAUGUGGCAAUUCACAUUGGUGCCAUUUCUGAUUCUGUUUUCGAGAGUCUGAAGGCCAAGAUUGAGGGUACCAGCAGGCUUACUAGCAAGAGCGGUCUGAAACUGGCCACAUCUUUGGCAGUCGAGAAUGCACAUGUGGAAGCUACCCAUGACAGCACUCUGAACCUAGCCGAUGCCAGCGUCGCUUCUGCUUCCACCCAUCUCAAAGUGAACCUGCCAAUCCUCACUGCUGAUGCCGAACACAAGUUUACUCUGAGCCUGGAGGGACAUCCUACAGCAAACUCCAAACUCAACCUGAAGUACACUUUGAACAUUCCAUUCAUCAAGGCUGUUGGUGGUGGAGAUGCUGAGAAUGAGGUGAAACUUGAGCUUGGUCUUCUCUCCAUUUCCCUGGAAACAGCAACAAAGGGAAACAUUGAUGGAACCAUCCUGGACACAGGCCUUGUCAAGGGAGCCUUGGAUAACACAGCCAACGCCUACCUGAACGAGAAUGGCCUGCGUGCAGCUGUGAAGAGUGUUGGCAACGCACAUGUCAGCCAUGGUGACCUGAAGGUGGAGCUUGAUCUUGAUGAAGACAUUGCUCUUGAAGCAAGCCUGGUCCGCGUCUACGCAACUGCAAACAUUGCCUCAAACAAUGACCUCGCUGUAGGAGCUGUGACUUCUCAGGGCAAGCAUGCUGCCAAGGCCACCAUUGACCUGACUGUGGGCUCUCUGGCCGCUGAUGUGGAAGUUGACCUUGCCCAGCCAAGCACCUUGGGUGACCUCAGCAUCUAUGACAAGACUGUGAUUGAUCUGACUCUCGCGAAACAGAAGGUAGCCGCCAAUGCCAAGAUUGUUACACCCGUGUACACCACCACUGCUGCAGCUGAACUCGAGGGUUCAAUUCCCAAUGCCAAGGGUGCAUUCAAGAUCUCUGCAACAUCCCCCAUCGAGGUCCUGGUUUACGAUCUGGAUAGCUCCAUCGCAUCUGCUGUGGAGGAGUCUGCCCUGAGCCUGACCGCCAAGGCUGUGCUUACUCAUGCUGAGCUGACCGUUGAUAUUCAGAAUGUUCUCACCGCAGCUAUGUCUGAUGAUGGUGCCUUCCGCCACUCCCUGAAUGUGGAUAUCAGCAGCCCCACCCUCACUGAUGUGAACUUCCGUUAUGCUGCACGCAAGGAUGGUGCCAGCGCAUCCAUCUCCACUCCAUCCACUGGAUUCCUUGGUCUCCAGCUCCAGGGCAAGGUGCCAUCUCAGCUGUACGCCAGACUGUACAGUCGAUUUGCUUCUGCCCCCGAGGACGACGUUGAGAUUCUGAUCCUCAGGGCUACCCCCAAGGACGGAGAUAAGCUCCACCUGCAGGGUGCCUUCAACCUGGAUGCCCCCAAGAUCAUCAUUGACGGUCUGGUGGAAAGAAUCCCUGCCAUCACCUCCACUCUUGUGAGCUUCCUGGACAAGUAUGGCAUCGUCAGCGCUCUUGAGGGCGUGAAGAACACCCUAGUCAGCACCAUCAAUGAGGCUUACACCGCUGCCAUCAGCCAUGCCCCCGACAUGAGCCAGCUGUCCAUCCUCUUCAGAGAUGUUUUCGUGCAGCUCCAGAAGACCGUUCAGGUUGUUCUUGAUGCAGCCAUCAAGUUCCUGAGGGAAACCCAGAUUGACCUCCCAGGAAUGGGCAUGGUUACCCUGCCUGAGAUUCUGCACAAGAUCACAAGCAAUGUUGGCGCCGUCCUCGACCAGCUUGUGGAGGUUGUCAGUGCUAACCUGUAUGACGCCAUCACACCAAUCCUGGAAAACUUCGCCACUGUUGAGGUGACCAUGCCUCUUGGUGGUGCUCUGACCGGUGCCCAGAUUGUCGACCAAGUGAAGGCCAUCCUUCACACCGUUGCUGAGCUGGUGAAGAACCUUGAGAGCCUGGACAAGAUCCUGGAGAAGCUGGGUGAGACCCUCCAUGCCGUUGUUGAGAAGACCCAGGAAUUCAUUGACAGCCUGCACUCUGACAUGCUUGACAGCGUCUCCCUCUUCAUCAACUCCCUGUACCACAAUGUCCUUACUGUGGUGAAGACCGUUGUGGAGCAUGUGGAUUCCCUUCUGAAUGUGGAGGAGCUUAACACCACCCUCACACAGGCUCUUGAGUUUGUCAAGGUCCUUCUGAAUGAGGUGCUCACCAACGUCGCUGCUAUUCUGCCCCAUGGCGAUGCUGGCUACCUGAGAGUGAGCAACGGUAGGCUGGAGGUUGAGCUUCCAUUCGCUCUCCACCCUUAAGAUGCAGUGCAAGUACACGCCAAGGUUGCAAUCGUUCUCCGUAUAGGAGAAAAGUGGACAUUUUAACACUCUAAUGGGGUGAUAUCAUCCCUGUAUUUAUGCCAGCUAAGCAACACCUUUUACAUUAUUUAAAGUUACCACUAUGUUCUCUGAUGACCACUGUUGUUUCCUUUUGAAACACCAUGUAAUGUGCUGAGUGUAUAUCAAUAAAGAUCAUCAUU